AUGACCUGGGGCAUUGCUGCUUCGGCCCGCUCAAAGGGGAACCACAAGCAGAGAAUUUUCUUGACUGUGUCUUUUGGUGGAAUCAAGAUUUAUGAUGAGAGAUCAGGGGUCUUACAACACCACCACUCUGUACAUGAAAUCUCCUACAUUGCCAAAGACACAAGGGACCAUCGCGCCUUCGGCUACGUGUGCGGGAAAAAAGGCAACCACAAAUUUGUGGCAAUCAAGACCAGCUAUUCGGCGGAGCCAGUUAUACUGGACCUGCGUGACCUUUUCACCCUCGUCUAUGACAUCAAACAGAGGGAGGAGUCACAGGAAAAGGCUCAGAAGGACAAGCACUGUGAACAAGCCAUCUAUCAGACGAUUCUGGAAGAUGAAACUGAUGAUCCGGUGUAUCAGUACAUUGUGUUUGAAGCCGGACACGAGCCGCUCCGUGGCCACCAAUCAGAGGAGAGCAUUUACCAGGUCCCCACGAGUCAUCAGAAAGACGGGAUCUAUGACGUUCCAAAACACCAUCUUAUGAGUAAUAUAAACCAGUUUGAUAUUUUCGGUGACAUGGCAACCCCCCCAGACAUCCUUUCUAUGCCAGCGUCGCCUGCUACCGCACUGGAUCCUGGAAGAAGGCAACGUCAGCACCGCCCAGAACUCUUCACCCAUUUUAGCCCACCGGCUAUGCCCUCAGGUUAUAUGACCAUGGGUCAUGCUCACUGGACCCAACAGUCGUUUGCUACCCAGGCUGCUCCAAUGGCUUUUGGGGUUCAGGGACCAUUGCAGGUGGCCCAGAUGCUUCCUGGAGGUCAGCCUGUUAUCUGGGGUCAGGCUAACCUCUUCCACUCUCCAGCCACGGGCCAGCAGCAAUGGGCGUUCGUACCAGCCCAGACAGUUGGCAUGGGGGCGCAACCGAUUCCAGCUGCAGUGCUUCAGGGUAUGGUCCCCAUAGCUUCCAUGCGCCCCCACUCCUGUGAACCUCCUGAGACUUCAUCAAACAUUAUAAGUCCUCAGCACUUUGUAGAUUCUACCGUACAGCAAAGUGGAUCUAAGCACGCCCUAAACAAGGACCCCCAGGAGGAAGCAAUAGCUGUUCGCAUUAGCACAAGCAAACAUGACGCCGCACUGCCCUCUGGGAAACAGGAAAUGGACUGCUGUGGUGAGCUUGAUCUUUCACAGUUGAGAUUGACUUCAGGGUCAUCAAUAUCACCAUCCCCAACUGAUUCUUGUGCUAUUUCUGGUCCGGAGCAGGAAACCAUGUCCCCAGCAGCUGCCUCCUCAAUAGAGUCAUCGCUCCUGACUGCAAAAGACAGCUUAGUCAAUGUGCCAGAAGUUUUGGAGGCUUGUGCUCAAAUUCUUAGCACUGAUGAGAUACCACCAGAUGCUCAGAUAAACCUUCCAGACUCUUCACAGCUGGAUAUCCAAAGAGAGAUGUCUUCUGGGAAGAGUGUCUAAACAUACAGAAAAGCACUGAGAAAAUCCAGAACUCACAGUGAUACAGAUGGGACUUAACUCUGUGUGAGCUCUGUGGGACAUUUGACAAAUACUAAUAACUGAUAGAAAGUUAAAUCUAUUUUAAUAAAUUAAGUGCACCUUUAGUUUGCGAUGGACUUGAAAAUUGGCUGUCUACCAGUAGCCACUAACUAUCUGAACUACUUCAGAAAUAUUUUUUGUAAAAUAUUAAUAAAGUGUCACAAUAUGAGAAAUUGGAUCAGUUAAAUCAAAGUUGAACUGUGAUGGACAUCCGAUGGACUUGGGGAUUGAUUUCUAUUGUCAUUUCUAAUGCACAAAAUUACCUGUGAAGCUGUGUAGUUGCAUUCUACAUCUGGAGAAGCCAAAAA